CCAGCCGCGGGCCGGACCAUCACCCCAAUACUUCUAGCACAGCUACUCGUUGUUAUAAGGCGCGUCAUGGAGAGUGCGGGUGUGGUGGGCGUGUGGACGGUGGCGACGCUGCUGGGCGCUGGGGUGGUGGACCUCUCAGUGGCUGAGGCUGUGGCGGCCCCGGAGCCUUGCUGUGGGCGCUUCGCUGCCGCAGCGUUGGGCUUCGCUGGGGGUUACCUGGCGGGCCGUCAUCACCGGUGUCACCACUGUGGCUGUGGAGGAUGUGGUGGAGGCUGUGGCUGGUGUGGCGGUGGAUGGUAUGGUAGGAAGAGAAGAAGUCUAGACGAACACAUUGAACAGGACAAGCUGGAGGACCUCUACUGGAAGAUCGCUGCUCAAGACAAGGACCAGUGUGGAUUGCGGCUGGUGUGUGAACUGGCCCAAAAGGACCCCAACUACCUGACAGAAGACGAGAUCGUUCUGCUCUUGCCCUACAGGGGUCGUAAGGAGAGCGACGAGACGACCUACUACGGCCUGUACGACAAGGCUGUGUGGCAUGGCCAGCAAGGCGACCCCUGCUACAAGCUGUAUCCGCUCUGUGCCUUCCACGCUCCGGAGAUCAUGCAGGGCUUCAAGGCCAACUUCACAGACCCAUUCCAGUGAUCUCAGCAGGACUGACGCAGCUACAAGAGCCAGUAUCCUGAUUUCUAAAACAUCUCGAGUCUCAACCAGCAAUAAACCUGUAACCUUAUCUCCGCUCAUUAAUAAAAAUUCACGUAUU